CUUUUGUUCAGUUUUCACCUGAGUACGAGUAGCGACUUUGUCCUGCUCUAAACGGUUCGAGCAAUGGCCAGCGAAGUAGAGAAAGCGCAGUCUGCUGCGCCGGAGGAAGACACUAUCUUCGGCAAGAUAUCUCGUGGAGAGAUCCCCUGCAAGUUUGUUUACGAAGACGACACGGCGUUGGCCUUUGACGAUCUGGCCCCACAGGCACCGGUUCACUUCCUCGUCAUCCCACGCAAGCCCAUUGCCCAGCUCUCUAAGGCAACUGAUGAAGACGAAGCCCUCCUCGGCCAUCUGCUGACAGUGGCACGCAAGGUUGCGGUGCAGAAGGGACUCGACGCCGAUGGCUACCGCGUGGUGAUCAACAACGGCAAGAACGGCGCGCAGAGCGUCUACCACCUGCAUCUGCACGUCCUCGGCGGGCGCCAGAUGAGCUGGCCACCGGGAUAAGACAUUGAUACCGCUGUCACAUUCGUCCACUGUAUAACCCAAUUUGCUUACUCACAUGUUGCCACCUUUCCACAAACUUCUUCCGCCAUGUUCAAACUAGCAGCCCAACAGCUUUUUUAGUAUGUUUUUGCAUGUUUUUGACUGUCUGACAACAGCAAGCAGUAGGAUGGUAGAUAUUUUUCUGA